ACUUCCUGCUUGUAUAUUUGUUUAAUUCAGUUAUUCUUGAUGGAAUGACGUUCGAGAAAGGUUACUUGUCUGGUUGGAGAACGAGGUUUACUAGGAAGGAGAUUCAGAGAUUUGGUGGAGACCUUGGUUUUCAGACUGUUUGAGAGGGGGGGAGGGAUGCGAGUUUCAGGGUGAUUUUGGGACGUGAAUCACUUAUGUUUCACCGUCUCCGAUUUCUAAUCGGUCGGCAUAAUAAGACACCGUCUACAAAGAGGUUGCUUAAUUCAAAGAGAAAACCGUGUGAGCCUGCCAUGUUUGAAACAGUACAGGAAGUCGCCAUCUACAUACACAGGUUUCAUAAUCUCGACCUUUUCCAGCAAGGAUGGUACCAAAUUAAAAUUACAAUGAGAUGGGAGGACGCUAGAUACACCUCUCAUGGAGCUCCUGCGAGAGUCGUUCAGUACGAAGCUCCUGAUUUGGGGUCUGAUGAUUUCAUCGGAAUAUGGAGGAUUGACGAUAAGGAGAACAGUUUCUCUACACAGCCUUUUAGGAUCAAGUAUGCUAGGCAGGAUGUUCCUCUAUCUGUCAUGAUCUCUUUUAAUCUACCUCUUGGAAAAUUUGAGGUUCCUGCCACAUCUGCUGUGAUUUUGAAGUUUGAGCUUCUGCAUGCUCCAAUAUUGGAGAAUGGGUUUGACUUUCAAGCAUCUUUGGACGCACUUCCUGCUUCCAUCCAUGAAUUCCGGAUUCCUCCCAAAGGCCUUCUGGGUUUGCAUUCAUAUUGCCCUGUUUAUUUUGAUACUUUCCAUGCGGUGCUUGUUGAUGUAAGUGUACAUGCCACUGUACUGAAAGCUGGAGCCUACACUCCUCCAAAGAAGGUAUCCAGGUUAGCCAGUGAUUCUCUUACAGUUGGAGAUGUUGCUCGUGAAAAUUGUGAUAAGUCCAAUCGAGUGUUGGACCAAGGGGCUUAUGGGGAUUCAAAACAAAUUUCAUUGCUGAAAGCAUUGCUAAUUGCUCGUGACAUUCUCCUAGAAGAACUACAAAAUCUCAGCAAGGCCAUAGAUCAAAAAGUUGAUUUGACUGAUUUUAUCUCAAAGAUGGGAAUGAAACAUGCAGCAAGCGAGCCACAGAAUGGUCUUGAGCAGAAAUCAAAUGGCAUUAUUGAUUUUGGAAGUGAUGAGGUGCUACAAUCUCUUACUAAGGAGAAUCUGUUAAGUGCUUUCAGUUCAGUGGCGAACCAACUUUCAUUUUUGUGGAAUGCAUUCCUAAAAUUCCACAGGGCUAACACAACCAAGAUACUGGAAUUCCUGAGGGAUGCAUGGGCCAAUGAUCGUAGAGCAGAGUGGUCAAUAUGGAUGGUCUACACUAAGGUUCAGAUGCCCCAUCAUUAUUUGAGAAGUGGAAAUGACGAUUCAUCUCAACAUAGUGUACGUGGAAGAGUUUCGAUUGCGAAGAAGAUAAAUGAUGAUCCAGCUGAGGCUGCACAUGCACGUGCUGAGCUUCAUCGACGAAGUAUUGCACAAAUGAGAAUAAACAACCGGUCAAUUCAAGAUAUGCAAAUCUUUGGCGAUCCUUUACAUGUCCCUCUUUUAAUUGUGGAACGGGUUGUGAAUGCUCCAUUCCGUACUACAAGUGGCAAUUCCUACUUCAGCUCUCUGGACCCGAAGGAUACAUCUUCCAUACUCAUGGAACCCAACAUUAGGGCUGUAAACAAGUUAUCUGCUGCUGGCCCACAUAGAAAUGGUCGUGUUUUGAGGGUUGUGGUCUUUGUGCAUGGAUUUCAGGGACAUCAUCUGGAUUUACGGCUUGUUCGGAAUCAAUGGAUUUUGAUAGAUCCUGGAGCAGAAUUUCUAAUGUCAGAAGUGAAUGAAGAGAAAACAUCUGGAGAUUUCAGAGAAAUGGGUUCAAGACUGGCUCAGGAAGUGACUUCUUUUCUUAGAAGGAAAAUUGAUAAAAUGUCAAGAUCUGGAGGAUUCAGAAAUAUCAAGCUUAGCUUUGUUGGGCACUCCAUUGGGAACAUCAUUAUAAGAACUGCCUUAACAGAGGGCGUGAUGGAACCAUUUCUAAGAUACCUUUAUACAUACUUAUCCAUAUCGGGCCCACACCUGGGCUAUUUGUACAGCACCAACUCUUUAUUCAACUCUGGGCUCUGGGUUUUGAAGAAGCUCAAAGGAUCACAGUGUAUUCACCAGCUUACCUUCACUGAUGAUUCAGACCUCCAAAACACUUUCUUCUACAAGCUUUGCAAGCAAAAGACAUUGGAGAACUUCAAGAACAUAAUCCUGUUAUCCUCACCCCAGGAUGGUUAUGUUCCAUAUCACUCUGCUAGAAUUGAAUUAUGCCAGGCGUCAUCAUGGGACUAUUCCAAGAAAGGUAAAAUCUUCAUAGAGAUGCUAAAUAAUUGCUUGGACCAGAUACGUUCCCCCUCCUCCGAGUGCCGAACUUUCAUGCGAUGUGAUGUCAACUUUGAUACAUCUUCCCAUGGGAAGAACUUGAAUACCUUCAUUGGUCGGGCUGCUCAUAUUGAGUUCCUAGAGACUGACAUUUUUGCGAAGUUUCUAAUGUGGUCAUUCCCAGAGUUAUUUCAAUAAUGGUGAUGGAAGACUGUGUGCAUACCUCUGUCCAGUUUUUAAUCUGUCUCUCCACAUAAAAACUCGGCAAAGCCCUAUUCACCAGCUUGGGCCAAUUUUGGAAUCAAGGAAUGGAGGUUGGAUGUGACAUAUGGUUAUGCCAGGUGAAUACUUCCAUUCGGUGCAUAUCAAUGAUUUUGGCAGACUUCAUCCUGGAGUUGAAUGUUGGAGACAUUGUAAAAUAUGAUUCAGUUUUAGGUAGGAA